CUUUUGGAGACAGAAGUGAAAGUGAGUGCCGGUGGGUGACGUGGAUAGCUGCGACCGGCCAACUCAGUAGAGUUGUAAACAAGCAUCGUUCAAAACAUUCUUCUCUGUUUUGUAAUCCGGGGUCCGUAAAAUCGGAUCAAGUGCAAGUGCAAUGCAAGCGAUAAGCCGUGCCGUAAUUAAUCUCCGUCCAGCCAGAACUAUCAACCGAUUUGCAGUAGCUGACAGAAGUAUCAAAACAAGCGCAAGUGCUAGUUACAUCAGCUGGAACCGAAGAGGACAAGGUCAGGACCAUCGUCAACGGCAACACAGCACCGGUUCGGUGCUCGGUACAGCUGCCCUGUCCGGUUUGAUCAGUGGCCUCUUUCUACGUACAGCCGAAGAAGAUCAUGACCGUCAAGAUCGCCGCAAGUUCUCGCUCUUCCCCAGCGUAUCCGCCGCGACCACCUUCAAGGACCUCAAAGGGCGCCGAGCGAUGCACAAUUUCAUAGCGGACGUCGUAGACGUGUCGGCCCCCGCUGUGGUCUACAUCGAAAUCAAAGACACCCGCCACUACGACUUCUUCUCCGGCCAACCGGUUACGAUCUCCAACGGGUCCGGCUUCAUCGUCGAGGAGGACGGCCUCAUCCUGACAAACGCCCACGUCGUCAUCAGCAAACCGAACGCGAUGGUGACGGUCAAGCUGCUCGAUGGGCGAACGUUCCCCGGAACCGUCGAGGACGUCGACCCCAACUCGGACCUCGCCACCGUACGCAUCAAGUGCAAAAGCCUCCCCGUCAUGAAGCUCGGCAAAUCGUCGGACCUACGCUCGGGAGAGUGGGUGGUCGCCCUGGGGAGUCCCCUGGCGCUGAACAACACGGUCACCGCCGGUGUCGUAAGUUCCACGCAACGUGCUUCGCAGGAGCUCGGACUGCGCGGCAAGGACAUCAACUACAUUCAAACGGACGCGGCGAUCACGUUUGGAAAUUCCGGAGGUCCGCUGGUCAACCUGGACGGAGAGGCCAUCGGAAUCAACAGCAUGAAGGUGACGCCCGGAAUAAGUUUUGCGAUCCCGAUUGAUCACGCGAGGGAGUUUUUGCUGAAGGGGGCCGAUCGGAGGAAGGCGAAGGGAUUUAGCACCGAGAAGAUACCGGUGCGGAGGUACAUGGGAAUUACGAUGCUAACGCUGACGGCGGAGAUUUUGCGUGAGUUGAGGCAGCGGAGUCACAACGUGCCGGAUAGCGUGAGGAACGGGAUUCUGGUGUGGAAGGUGAUACAGGGAUCGCCGGCGCAUGUUGGCGGCCUCUACCCAGGCGACAUCAUCACCAGCAUCAAUGGGCACGAGGUCAAGAACUCCGGCGACGUGUACGAACUGCUGUCGGCAAAGGAACGCGAACUGAACAUCACCAUCUACCGGGGCGUGGAUCGCAUGACGGUGAAGGUCACGCCGGAGGACGCGGAUGCAAUUUAAGGAAAAAGAAAUGAAAAUCGGACGAAUACUUUCACAGACAUUUACAUUUAUUUAAUUUAUUUUUAACCAUCCUGUAAAUACAUUUACGGUUUGUAUAGUUUUACAACGCAACAGACACGAAACACACACGCGAUCGCACGAAAACUGCCUCUAGAAUAAAUUUUUACAUCAAUA